AUGUUAGGGCUCGUGGGCGAAUCACUGAGACGGUGGAAUUUCGACCGGCUCGAGUACUCAGCUUCCAGUGCCAACAGCGGCAAGGUCGCUACCACUCUGUCGCGCUUGAAGAUGACAGCCGCUGUGAGGCUGGAGUUGCCCUGUUGCAUAGCAGGCGUGGAGCCAGUCCAUUCUGAGAUCCAGCCGUACAGGUGGGAGGCCGGUGAGGCCAGCAACCUGGAGGCCAAGAAAGCCACUGAAUGGCUGCAGAAGCAUGUGUGCCCUCAUGGUGUGCUUGCUGUCGCGGUGACAUCUGUGGCUUGGAUGCGGGCACAUUGGCUGGCCGAUGGGAUCAGCAUCAAGACAAGCAGCAUCUACAGCAUCUGGCCGCAGACAGUGGCUGAGGAGCUUGCUUUGAAUUUCAUGCUGGAGCAUGAUGCUAGGAUAGGUAAUCGCAAAGUGCCCGUAUUUGGUGGAGACUUCAAUCUCCACAUGAUCACGCACAGGAGCGCGCACCAGUCCUCCGAGAUUCACUGUGCUGCAAUCACCAAGGCCACGCUCGACAAGAAGCAGCUGGCAGUGGGGUGCAUGCGGGCGCUCUUGCAGCAGGGCCUUGCAGCGGUGACUGCUGGCACAGGUCCCAGCAGCGAGGGGCCUGCAGACGUGGCAGGCCCCAGUCAGCAGCAGCCACCAGACCAGCUUCGCAGACCCGAGGCACCACCAUCUCUGGAGACAUCCCAGCCUCGCAGGCCUGAGACACGGGGCUGGCUCAAAGAGCAGGGUGGGGCAGCGGGAGGGGCCCCUUCAAAGAGCCAAUAUUUUACUGCUGAACUGGAGGAGGCGUACAGCGCAGCGAUGUUGGCAAUGGUGCGGCGUCCUGAGUGGUACGAAGCACAUGGCAGGGAUGCCCCGCCCCACUCUGUGGAGCACAGCUCAUUGGCAGAGCGCCUGGCAUCAAUGAAUGUGAUUCGCUGA